AUGCCUAAGAGAAACAACGACCUGCUGUCCGAUGUAUCUGAUGUAGACAGAGGCGUACCACGAGGAACUGCUUUAGGCUCGGUUUUGUUUCUACCAUUCCACGCUGAUAUGCCGACAGAAAUUCCAUCAUCACAACAUACCCAUAUGUAUGCAGAUGAUGUAGCAUCAGUUAUUGAUGCAUCACCAUGGUGGAAAAGUACAGAAGUGAUAACAAAUAUUCAAAAAAUUGCACAACAAACAAACAUUAAAUAA